AAAGCGCCGCCGGGUCCCAGGCACUGGUCUUAGAGGAUUUCCAGCAGCGCAUCGGUACGUGACAGGAGCACCAGUGAAUCCAGUAAAAACUAUUUUGGAAUGAGUCUGUUCAAAGCUGUGGAUUUUCACCUGAAGAACCAAACAUGACCUUCAUCAGCACAAGUUUUGCCGUGCUGGUCUUGCUCCUCUCAACCACUGGGGUGUUUCCGCGGCCCAGCCUUGACUUUGGAAGCAGGACACAGCGGGAUGUCCACUGCAAAAGAAAUCAGGAGUACCUGUACGGCAACAAAUGCUGCUUAAACUGUCCAGCUGGUACGCAUUUGCAAUCGCACUGCAGCCGAACAGGAGAGAGCGGGCAGUGUGAGGAAUGUGACUUCGAUACAUACACUGAGCAUCCCAAUUACCUAAAUCAGUGUCUCAAGUGCACAAAGUGUCGGCGAGAUCAGGAGAUUGUAAGGCACUGUAUGCCCACCCAAAAUACUGAAUGUGGAUGCAAAGCGGGAGGAUUUUGUGAUCCUCAACAAGCUUGUGAAAUAUGCAAGAGGUGUUCAAAGUGCGGAAAGGACGAGGAGAUAGAGAGGAACUGCACCUCCACCACCAACACGGAGUGCAAGAAAAUCCAGCCCGGCUCUGGCUCUGGCUCUAGCUCUGCCUCAGCAAACGCGUAUGUGAUUGUGAUCGUUGUAAUCGUCGGUCUUCUUGUGGUCGCUGUGGUUGCAGUACUUAUCUGGAAGAAAUGCCGAUCAACAGACUCUGGGAGAGAUCCGCCGGAGGAGAUUAAAGUUGAGCAGGAUUGUUUAGACCGCUGUCCCACUGAGGAAAGGGAGUACGGAGAAACCCGAAGGCCAAGCUUCGCUCACUGGGCACUGGUGAGAGGCAAUUCCUCCGUCACUACGGAGGAAAAGCACAAGCUGUGUGAAAGCCUCAACAGCUCGGCCAGUAACUCGCACCACAGUCUAACUGGCCUGCCAUCCGCCUUACCUGUAAUCCCCUUCCCAACCAGACCUGUGUAUGCCCGGACGCCCGACAAGAGGGAAGAAGAGGACUUUCUCAAACUUAAUCCUGUGAAUGGUGAAGAGUCUCUGAGGAAAUGCUUCGAGUAUUUUGAGGAAAUUGAGUUCGACCAACACAAGAGAUUCUUCCGUAACCUUGGGAUCAGCGACAAUGUGAUUAAAAGCAAAGAGCCCCUUAACUAUGUGGACAAGAUCCAUGAACUGCUGAAUAUUUGGGUGGAGAGAGAAGGCAGAGAGGCUAGCCUGAACGACCUGCUGAAAGCAUUACUUGAUUUGAAACAGAGGCGAACAGCGGAGAAGGUCAAGGAGGAAGCUAUUCUCAAUGGUCAUUACGUCGAGUGUCCAACAGAAUCAGAAAUACUUUGAUGAUCCCAGGGAGAAGUUGUGUUUGUUCCAAUGGCUCCAACAAAGAUAAGAAAUAUAAGAUUUACAAAAUGUAUAAAAUUCUGCGUUCUGUACAUUGAGAUGAGUAUCUAGUAGAGAGUGCAUCUUACACUCGGAGAGAGGAGAUGUGUAGUUUGAUGGCCACAGGCAGGAAUGACUUCCUGUGGUGCAUCUUGGUGGUUUCAGUCUUGCACUAAACGUGCUCCUGUGUUUGACCAGAACCUCAUGGAGAGGGUGGGAGACAUUAUCCAGAAUGGCAUGUAGUUUGCACUGCAUCCUCCUGUCUGGAACCGCUAUCAGGUGGUCCAGUUCCACCCCCCCCCCCCCCCCCAGCAUCACUGGCCUUGCUGAUCAGUUUGUUGAGUGUGUUGGCUUCUGCAAUCCUCAGUCUGCUGUCCCAGCACACAACAGCAAACAGGCGAGCACUGGUCACCAGGGUCUCAUAAAACAUCCUCCGGACAGUCCGGCAGAUGUUGAAGGAUCUCAGUCUUCUCAGGAAAUGGAGGCGGCUCUGGCCCUUCUUUUAGAGGGCAUCAGGGUUCUUAGCCCAGUCCAGCUUAUGGUCUAAAAACACUCCCAGGUAUUUGUAAUCCUCCACAAUGUCCACGCUGACUCCCUGGAUACAAACACGGGUCAUCGGUGUCCUAACUUUCCUCAGAUUCACAACCAGCUCCUUUUGUGAGCGGUGAACUUCCUUUUUAGGGACCAAAAAAAAAGGAUCAAAACAUGAGGAUUACUCACUUGUGAGGUCCUUGUUGCUGAGUGCUUCUCCUCCAUCCAGUACUGGUUGGAGGAGCAUUGUACAAACCACAGUUGUGUUUUGGCCAGUAGUCAAUCUAUUCAGCCAAAGAAAGCCCACUACCAAUCAACAGGGAUGUAGUGUCAUGAAUUGGCGUUAGCUUGUGUUGACUUCUGCUGCUGUGAUAAAGAAGGCAUGACUGGGGAGGCCAUUGUUCCUUCCCCAUAAUGUCUGCCUUGUCCUGUGGCAUCACUUAAGGCUACUACGCAUAGUGUUUGGAGAGUAUUAUUAAACAUGCAUUACUAAUAUUACUUGUCCAGCCAAAACACUUGCUCGUUGUCUUUCAAAGUCAGUCUUUUGCUGACUCGCCUGCUUCUAUCUUCAGUCCUGUUCUCUACAGUCCUGAUGAGAAAAUGCUUUGUUAAGAUUCGUUUAAGUCACAUUUGCCUUAAAGCUUAUUUUACUUGAAAUAGUAAGUGCCUGCUAUCUUUCAUGCCAGACUAUUUUAACAGAAGCCAAAUUAAGAUAUGCUAAUGUCUGUCAUAGUGUGUAUGAUGUCCAUUAGAGAUUAUUGAUGUUCUUAUUUUAUUUAUUUGAUUGUAAUGUUCUCAGGAAUUAAUGCCUUUUGGUUGCACUAACUGAGGAACAAAUUCCGUAGAGCAAUAGGAUUACUGCAAUUAAAUAUGGAGGAUAGAAGUUAAAGUUAUGAAUAUUUAUAAAAAAUGUUGUCUGCCUGACUCUAACUUAUAGUUCUAUUGGUUUACUACCAGUGAACAGCUGAAAAUGUUGUGUGUUGCAUUUCUGGGUACCAUGAUAUGCUUCCAGUCACAUUGUUACACCAUUGUGUGUGUUUUUUGCACACUUUUUUGUCUCUUUUUGUCAUGUUCGGGUCAUACAAUGUUUUUUUUUAACUCUGACAUAUUUCUUUUUAUAUAGAAUCUCAAGAAUUUUGUUUUUACAAAGAAGUUACAUGUUAAUGAAAUAUCAAAUUGAGCAUCUGAGCAAAAACUGAACCUUAAGAAAUAAAACAAUGUGAAUAUGAA